ACUGCGCAACAGUAGUUCUCCAAACACACAGCGACCAUGAUCGUUGCAACUCUAUUCGGUUUGCUCGCCUGCGUCAGCGGGGCCCCCCAGUACAAGUACCAUGGACAAUUCUUAAACGAACUCGGAAGUUUUGAAAGGAUGCUGGAUGACGAAAUAUUCAGUAUGCAGAAUUUCUGGACACAACUUAGAAAUGAUAUGUUGAACCUCGAAAACUCUUUAAAGGAUAUAACCCGGCAGAUUUCCAUUAACAGUCCAACCGAGAAAAUCGAAGGCAACGCAUAUCAAAUUAAACUCAGUCUACCAGAUUACGAAGAAAAAGACGUCUCAGUGGAAAUGGGUAGAGGACUGUUGAAAAUCGAAGCUUAUAAGAUGAUGGAUACAGGAUCGAUGAAGCACUUGAUUUAUUCUAAGAUGUUGCCACUAAAUGUAGAAGACACGGGCACUUGGGAGUUCGAGAACAAUGUACUAACUGUCACAAUACCGUUGAAAGGUGUGGACGCUGUAUCUAGUAACAAUGAUAAAGAAGACAAAUCAACAGAACGGGAACACAGCCGUGAGGAACUUGAAGAGGAUGAUGCCAAUGACAAUAUGAAUGCCGAUGUGGGUAUAGAAACUACAAUGCAACCCGAACUACUGACAAACGAAAUACCCCAAUCUAAGGUAGAAGCAACUACUUAUUCCGAACGUGACAGUGAUAUCGAUUUUGUUCCCAUACGCUAUAAAUAAGAGAAUUAUUAUAAUGCAUUUGUGCUAUCAUAUCAUUAUUUAAUAAAAUGUGACGAUA